ACAUGAACCACCACAUAACUGAAAAUCCCACCACAAUAACAAGAAAAACAAAAAAAACAGAGAGAAACAGAGAAAGAGAUGAAACAGACGGUUUUCAUCUUUUUCACAGUAGUCUUCUUCCUGAAUCCGUAUUUGCUGGUGCUGUCACAAAAUGCAGAACCCUGUAACAGUGUUAUUGACUACAAUGAAAAUGUCAACUUUGACACCACGGCCAUGUUCUGCCAAACUGUCUGGAAAUCCUUCCCGGAAAUCGUUCUUCGGUAUGUACAAGCAGGACCACAGUUGUGGAGCUUCCUACUCUCAGCCCCGAACGAAAACUCGUGGCUCGGGAUUGGUUUCUCAACUAACGGGCAGAUGGUGGGGUCCAGUGCGAUGGUGGGUUGGUUCUACGAAAAUGGGACGGGUGGCAUGAAGCAGUACUUCUUGCAGGGUCAAGUUACUAAUAAGGUGGAGCCUGAUGCAGGUGAGCUGACUGUGGUGGAUAACUCGUCAACGGUGUUUAUCCAAGCAAGCCGCAUACACCUGGCUUUCCAGAUCAAUACAGUCGAACCAAGAAAAGAACUGCUCUACGCUGUGGGACCCUACGGCCAGCUGCCAGUAGCUAAUGGCGGAUUUCAACUGAUCGAGCACCGAGAGAAAAGCCAAGCCUCAUUAGAUUAUACUACAGGAAGAAGUCAGACAAUGAGCAGCCCAUACACUGGAAUAAGAAGGACCCAUGGUGCUCUAAACAUGAUUGGGUGGGGAAUCUUGAUGCCAAUCGGAGUAAUAGUUGCUAGGUAUUUCAGGCAGUGGGAUCCAAUCUGGUUUUACUCUCACAUUGCAAUCCAAAUCUUCAGUUUCCUAUUUGGACUAGUCGGCUUCAUCUUAGGAUUUGUAGUAGAGGGAUUUACAAAAGCAGAAGUAACACACCACAAGAACAUCGGUAUCCUAAUCCUAACACUUGGAUGCCUUCAGGUAAUGGCUCUUUUGAUUAGGCCAAAGAAAGGAACAAAACCACGGAAAUACUGGAAUUGGUACCACCAUAAUGCAGGAAGAAGCUUGGUUAUCUUUGCUAUCUCAAACAUAUUCUAUGGUAUCCGUUUGGGUAUGGAGGGAGCUGGUUGGUAUGGUACCUAUGCAGCGAUUCUCACUCUUAUGGUUAUUGUGGCUAUCGUCCUGGAAAUCAGGUUAUGGAGACAAAGAUAACGUUGUGUGGCUUUGAACUAGAAGUUGCAGGACAAAAUCUAAACAUACUUAUUUUGACAGGGAUACUGACUAAUCUGAGAUAGGAAGUAUUUACAGUAUUGUUUUCAUAGAUUUAAAAUCACCAUUAAUUUCUUUUGUGAAUGUACUGUAUGCUUUUCAUUACCGUUCCUGGUUUUUAGAUGAUAGUCUGUUUAUGUGUAA